AUGAAGCUCUGUGUAUUCUGUGCUAUAUUCUUAAGUUUCCAAUUCCACGUAACUUUAGCAUAUAAUAAAUUUAGCCCUAAUUUUAAACCUGGUCGCAGUGUUAUUGUUCAUCUCUUCGAGUGGAAAUGGGUGGAUAUUGCGGAAGAAUGUGAAAGAUUCUUGGGACCAAAUGGAUUUGGCGGAGUUCAAGUGUCUUCUCCAGCUGAAAAUGCAAUUGUUACGGUUCUCGGAUUUAACCGUCCUUGGUGGGAACGGUAUCAUAUAAUAUCCUACAUUCUGGAAACGCGAUCGGGGAAUGAGGAACAGUUUGCUGAUAUGGUCCGUAGAUGCAACGCUGUUGGAGUUCGUAUCUAUCCCGAUGCCGUCUUCAAUCACAUGGGAUCUCUACCAAACAUGAUAGGAACGGGAGGAUCAACUGCAGAUGGACCUAGUAGGAGUUAUCCUGCUGUACCUUACGAUGCAACCAGCUUUCAUGAAUCAUGUCCAAUUGAUAACUACCAAGAUGCAGAAAAUGUACGUAAUUGUGAACUUUUUGGAGCUCCAGAUCUCAAUCAAGAAUUGGAUGAUGUUAGAGAGAAAAUUGUGGCUUACCUGGACCAUUUGAUAACUCUUGGAGUUGCUGGAUUUCGUGUUGAUUCAGCCAAACACAUUUGGCCAUCAGAUUUAGAGGUCAUCUACGGUCGUGUGAGGAAUUUGAAUACAGAUCAUGAUUUUCCGGAAAACUCCCGACCCUUCUUCUAUCACGAAGUUAUCGAUGCUGGUGGAGAAGCUAUCUCUAAAUACGAGUAUAUUCACCUAAGUGCCAUUACCGACUUUUUAUUGUCAUAUUCAAUCGGUUUCACAUUCCGUGGUAACAAUUUGUUGGAUACAUUGCAGAACUGGGGACAACCAUGGGGCUUCUUACCAUCAUAUAGCGCUAUUGCCUUUGUCGAAAAUCACGACAAUGAACGCGGUGUUUUCGGUGAUCAGUACCUUACAUACAAGGACGGCAAACCAUAUAGGAUGGCAGUUGCCUUCAACCUAGCCCAUCCCCAUGGUAUAACACGGAUUAUGUCCUCCUUUGACUUCCCAAACGACAACAUUGAUCAAAGUCCGCCUAUGGAUGAGAAUCAAAACAUCAUCUCACCUAGCAUCAACCCUGAUGGAAGUUGCGGAAACGGAUGGGUAUGUCAGCAUCGUUGGCGUCAGAUCUACAACAUGGUUAAGUUCAGGAAUGUUGCAAUGAAGGCUAAACUCACAAACUGGUGGUCCAAUCGAAGCGAUCAGAUCGCUUUUGCAAGAAACGGAUGUUGUUUUAUUGCAUUCAACAAUGAGGGUAGGGAUAUGAUGGAAACCCUUCAAACUUCCCUUCCUCCUGGAACCUAUUGCGAUGUCAUUACUGGUAACGCAGUAGAUGGCGCCUGCACAGGAAAAACCAUAACAGUUCAGGAAGAUGGAACUGCUGUAAUUGGAAUCGGAGCCAAUGAGGAAGAUGGUGUCUUGGCAAUUCAUGUGAAGGAAAUGCUGUAGACAAUUGAUAAAUUAUUAAAACAAAAUAAACUAAUUUAUACAUUGAAAACUUUAUUCUUCCUACGAACUG